AUGCACUCUGGAUUUAACAGCAAUAACCACACCGACUUGGAAGGCGCCCCACACAUUCACCGAUGCGAAAGAUGCCAUGCCGCUCUCACUGUCCCCUGUUGCCAUAACAGCCACCUCGUCGUCAACAGCAGCAAUUUGCAUCAACGCCCCGUCGAGAGGGCCUCUCACCAUCGCUCAAAUGUGCGCUUUGUGGAGGUCAGGAAGGCCAAAGGCGAAGCCCUAGGACUCACACUCAGGUCAAGCGCAUCGGGCCGAUGUAUCAUCGCACGCAUAAUUCACGGCGGGUUGACCCACAAAACAGGUGACCUCUCCUCCACCAAAUUGGCGCCUUACACCUACGCCCACCUCGUGAUUGGUCUAUUGGCAAGAUACACAGAUUUUAUCCCUCCACACUUCUUCCUUUAUAUUAGAUAUGUGGACAGCUGUUGCCUGGAUGAUAGGAAAAAAUGUUCUUUCUGGGCUGGGUAUCACCACGUAAAGUUGAUGUAUGUACGUGCCAUGUUUGACUACGACCCUCGUGAGGACUUGGAACUGCCUUGCGCAGAAUUGGGUCAGUCUUUCAAAGUUGGUGACAUUUUGGAGAUUGUCGACGCUGCAGACUUUACCUGGUGGCAGGCGAGGAAGUACAAAGCUGGAUCCGGACCCACUCCAGCCGGUCUCAUCCCCAGUGCUGACUUGGAGGAGUCACGUGUUGUGCGUGCGACCAAUGGUAUACAAGGCGCAUUGAUGGCGGAUUCUUUGAAUGCUGGGAACCAUAUCAGCCAUAUCUCCAGUCUCCUGCAUCUUCUAGCUCCUCGAAAAGUACCUCGAUCAUCCACAAGUAACAGCAGUACAGGAGGCAGUGGUCUGAACGGACUCCCAGGCAACCUAGAGCGCUCCCUCUCCCAUUGGAUGCCAUUUCGACGGAGAUCGAGGCAUCGUAGGCAUCGAAGUGUAUCCAGGCGCCGCACCAGCAGUAGACGUAGGAGACGGACCGUGGGGAGGAGUCAUUCUUCCGAGACGUUCAGUUUUGCUCAAGAGGAUGAAGAGGAGAGAGGCGAUGGUGAGGAGGCGAAUGAGUUUGCACUGCGACAGAAUGGGCACUACGUUGAAGAGAUUGCCAGUGUAGGCAGCACCAUUCCCAGCCAGACUUGCUCCCGAUGCAAUUCAGCAUUACGGGUAAGAAAUUUUUCAGGGUAA